UCCCCACAAUGUCGCGAAGUGUAAGAGCCGAAACUCGUAGCCGUGCCAAAGAUGAUAUUAAACGGGUAAUGGCCGCAGUGGACAAGCCCAGGCAUUGGGAAAAGAAAUGGGUUACAAUCAAUGAUACGACCAUGAAAAUCUUCAAAUGGGUUCCCAUAUCGAAUAACGAUAAAAAGAAACUUGGUGUUAACGGCGCCGUUGGUGGUGGCCUGGGUAGCAAAAGUGACAAGGAGAAUUCGCAAAAGAGUACACCGACGCCACCGCAAAUAACCUCCAGUUAUGGAGGUGGUCUGACUGCUGAGGAUUCCAAUACCUGCUUCUCCGUUGUCAGUGAUUCGCAGGGUGCUGAUUUUGUUAGCAGUAUGCCAUUUUCGGAAGACUCCAACUCCCAGGGCAGUGAGGGACCAGUUAAGCGACUUAAAACAUCCGAUUAA